AUGGCGGCGGCUGCGGGGGUGGUCGCGGCGGUUGUCUUGGCGCUCGCCGCCGUCGCGGCGUCGGCGUCCGCUGCGGCGGCCGGCGGCGCCACGUACGAGGUGCGGUGGGAGGUCGGCUACAUGACGGUGGCGCCGCUCGGCGUCUCGCAGAAGGUGAUUGCAAUCAACAACCAGUUCCCUGGCCCACUCCUGAAUGUCACAACUAACUGGAACGCAAGGGUGAACGUCCAAAACAACCUGGAUGAGCCUCUCCUCCUCACAUGGGAUGGCAUCCAGAUGAGGAUGAACUCAUGGCAGGAUGGCGUAACUGGCACCAACUGCCCUAUCCCUCCCGGCUGGAACUGGACCUACCAGUUCCAGCUCAAGGACCAGAUUGGAAGCUUCUUCUACUUCCCUACGCUCGGACUCCAGCGUACCGCAGGUGGGUACGGACCGGUCACAGUGAACAACCGCGCUGUUGUACCGGUCCCCUUUGACCAGCCCGAUGGCGACAUCACCUUGUUCAUCGGAGAUUGGUACACCAAGAGCCACACUGAAUUGAGGGGUAUGCUAGAUGAUGGCAAGGAUCUUGGGAUACCUGAUGGCAUCCUGAUAAAUGCAAAGGGCCCUUACAGAUAUGACACCACACUGGUUCCGGAAGGCCUUCAAUAUGAAAUUGUGGGAGUUGAGCCAGGUAAAACAUAUCGCUUCCGUGUUCACAAUGUCGGCACCUCAACCAGCCUCAACUUCAGAAUCCAGAACCACAACAUGCUUCUCGUAGAGGCUGAAGGAACCUACACUAACCAGCAGAAUUACAGCAACCUCGACAUCCAUGUUGGACAGUCAUACUCUUUCUUGGUGACCAUGGACCAAAACGCGAGCACAGACUACUACAUCGUGGCAAGCCCAAGGUUUGUGAGCAGCGAGGCUCGCUGGCACGAUGUCAAUGGUGUAGCAAUCUUGCAGUACUCAAACUCCAAAGGCAGUGCUUCUGGCCCUCUCCCUGAUGCUCCAAAUGAUUUCUAUGACAAAUACUAUUCCGUGAACCAGGCAAGGUCUAUCAGAAUGAAUACGAGUUCCGGGGCUGCUCGUCCAAACCCGCAGGGAUCAUUCCGCUAUGGCUCGAUCAACAUAACACAAACCUUCGUCUUGAAGAACGAGUCCCCCUUGCGCAUCGAUGGGAAACGUCGAAGGACGAUAAACAGGGUCUCAUACUCACCUCCUGAGACUCCACUGAGGCUUGCUGAUCUCCACAACCUGACCGGGGUCUACAAAACUGACUUCCCCACAAUGCCAAGCGAUGCGCCUGCAAGGAGCUCUUCAUCUGUGCUGAAUGCUUCUUACAAGGGCUUCCUUGAGAUCGUCUUUCAGAACAAUGAAACCGAUGUUCAGACCUACCAUCUGGAUGGCUAUUCAUUCUUUGUCGUUGGGAUGGAUUAUGGUGAGUGGACACCAAACAGCAGGGGUUCAUACAACAGGUGGGAUGCUGUCUCUCGCAGUACUACUCAGGUUUUCCCUGGAGGGUGGACUGCGGUUCUGGUCUCGCUGGACAACGUAGGUAUCUGGAAUCUCCGCGCCGAGAAGCUGGAUAACUGGUACAAUGGUCAAGAGGUGUAUGUGAAAGUGGCUGAUCCACUAGGCUACAAUGUCACCGAAAUGAUCGCUCCAGACAACACUCUCUACUGUGGUCGGCUGGAGGACCUGCAAAAGCCGCAGAUACACCCUAUAAGCGACAGGUCGUCAGGACAUGCCUUGGCUCGAUGGAGCACCAGGCUUCUCACAGCUGUGUCACUGAUCGUCACAGCUGUGAUUUGCAGUUAAAUUUGACAAAUUGCUAAAAGUUUGUUAGUUAGGCAUUGUGGGGAACUGGGGAUUGGUGGAAAAUACAUGUGGAUGUCAGCCAUAUACAGAUUGUAACAGGAAGAGUUUCAAUUUUCCUACGUGUUCUAAUGGUGAUUCUGAGUUUUUGAACAUGGAACAUCUUCAGAAGCUAUUUGCGCAAAGGCCAACAAAAAUAUCUUGAAAUGAAAUGCUUAUUUA